GACUGAGUCAUUUGGUCGGAGCGCACUACUUUUUGAGGGGGCUUUGUGUACACGGAGUAGAGUUUAAAGGCGCGUGUCGCUUUUACGCGGCACGGGUGAAGUGUUUGGAGCGCGUUCCAGGACUGCUGCGCGAACCUUUUUUUUUUCUUCUGCUGUGCGCGCACCGCUUGUGUGAGGAUAAGCUGCGCGUGAACUAUAUUCUGCACUGGAGAGCGAAACCUCAAGACUUAUGUCGAAGAGGCUUCUGCGGAUUGCCUUCAUGUCGUCUUUCAAAACGGCACCUUUGAAAGCUACCAGAGGUCUCUAAGUGCACCCCGAUGGCUGGAAGACAGAAGCUCCGAGCGGACAGCGGCGGUCGCUCCGGGGCGGCGGCGUUGGAUGACAGCCCCGCUUCCAGUCCCAGCUCCAGCCCCAGUCCGGACGGCCCUUCUCGGGACCUCCAGCGGGCCCGGGUGCUCCAAAGCGGAGGUGGCGGAGGCGGCAGGGGACGUCCUGCGGCAGCGAACGCGGCGCGGGAGAGAAGCCGGGUGCAGACCCUGAGAACCGCUUUCCUGGAGCUACAGAGGACUUUGCCGUCCGUGCCGCCGGACACCAAGCUGUCCAAACUCGACGUGUUAAUCCUGGCCACCACCUACAUCGCCCAUUUGACUCGAACACUGCAAGAAGAAGGCGCGGAGGAGGCAGAGAGCAAAAAAAAGACGGACGCGUUACACUCGUUGAAAGGUGAUGGCUACCUGCACCCAGUGAAAAAAUGGCCCAUGCGAUCCAGGCUGUACGUCGGAGCCAGCGGGCAGUUCCUCAACCCCACGAAUCCUUCAGAGUCCGAGAACCAAGGCCCGUCGUCGUCCACCUCCAGUAACAGGAUGAAAUAAUGUGUUUCAAACCAUUUCACAUUGGCAUGAGUCCAUGCUGUUUACUCUGGUAGCCGAGUAUGCGUUAUGACUGUAGAUCUAAUUUUUACUACAGCCUUACCGAGACAUUGCAAAUUAAUUUAUUACAUGAAUUUUAUUGUAUACAUUUUGAGAAAGAAUAGGUUAUGUUUCUCUGUUGUUAUUUAGACUAAGCCUCUUAGGCCUGCAUUGUGCAGCUCCGCACAUGUCCACGGCAAUGAUAUUUGUAGAUUCCACGGCGUAACGAGCCCGUCAUGC